GUGUUUUCUUUCUAUCUACUGCCGCAUGACUUGUUCUCUCUAAAAAUAUGCAAAGUUGGUGAUCUAUUCAUUUUGUUCGAGGAAGUUCAACUGGUAACGGAGAUCUAUGUUAUUUAGUGCCAUUUUUCUUGGUUGGUUUUCAAAGUAUAUGAAGCGUGCUUUUAUAUCAUUUUGUGAUUUAUGUACUGAUGUUUUCUGUUGAAUGACUGAUUUCUCCUGUUAGUAGAAUCCUUGAAUAUCACAUGCAUGCAUAUUGUUACGUGGGUUAUUAUUUAAUUAGGGUUUUUCCAUCAGUUAAGUUUGUGGUAACUGGCUUUCAAAAGCUGCACUUACUUUAAUUUGCAUGGUGGAGUCCUUUCUUCACUUGAAAUUGAAUUGCACAUCGUCAUUAGAUUUUCCCUCCCUUAUUUAUGUGCAUUGGGGACUGAUCACCCUAUCAGUGGGUUUGGAUUGAAGCCUUGAACAUACACUCUCAAGGUUUUUCCAUAUGAAACACUCACUUUUCUCAGGGUCGAAAGUUUAUUUUUCACAAGUCUGCUAAAAUAAUAAAGAUCAAGUCAAAGUUUAUGCUAUGGGUUUCUUGUCUGAUGUGUAUGAGUUUGUAAUGUUUUAUUGUUGGCUUAUCAAACUUGUGUUGUAGUGAAGUUACUGUUUUAUUGAAGUUUGGGAGAUUUUCUAGAAAGAAAUGUGGUGAAUUAAAGGAAAAGUGUGUGUAAAACUAGUACUUUCUACUUUCUAGUUCCCCUCAUUGUCUGAGUGCAUGCAUCACUCUUAUAUGCUCUGUAUAAGUGCAUUUGUAUAUGUUUUUUCAGAGUGUAGUUGGAUGUGUUUUUAGCGUUCCGGGAUUAUACUAACAAUAUAUUCUAUACCAUUUAUUUUCCAUGUUGUCUUAUACCAUGUGACUUGAUUCAUGAGCUAUUAUUUUCUCAAUUUAUCUAGGAAAUGGUUCCUUCUUGUUUUUUCUUCCUAUCUAUAGUUAAAGGAUUUUGCAUUGUGAACUUGAUAUCAAAGCCAAUAGUUCAUGCAUACAUAGAGGCUCCUUAUUGAUUGCUGAUUUGGUUUGGAAGGACAUUUGGCUUGUGGCCCAAGGAGAUGCUUGGCAAUCAUUUGGGUAAUUAGGUUUAAAAAGAAUACAAACUUUUUUAUGUCAAUGCUUUGAAAUUCUAAGCUAAUUGUCUAGGGUAGGAUCGAUUCCUUUUAAGGUGAGGCGGUUGUGUUGGUUGUGGAAUAUAUUUUUAUAGCCAUGAGACAAGCUUGAGGACAGAAACAUGCCUAACCCAAUACCCAUGAGGUUAUUUGUAUCUUCAAUUCCAGUAAAGUACAUCAUUUGGCAAUGGUUUACCUUUCUAAAUUUGGCUUGCGCAACAUGCCCCACUUGUCUGUAUGCUUUGUAUGUGUGCAUUUUCCAUAUGCAUUGUAGCAAUGCAUUUUUCUCAGUGCGUGAAGCACUCUUAUAUGCUUUGUAUGAUUGUUGAAUGAAUUCAUUUUUAUAAGCUCUGUAGGAGUUGCACUUUAUAUGGGGGGUUUAGAUGCUUUGCGUGAGUGCACUUUGUAUGAAUGUAUACAUGCUUUGUAGCAUAUCACAUUCUUCCCUUUCUCUACAGGGUGCAAGUAAAGAGAGAGAGAUGUCUUCAAUUGGGACAGCAAAGGGGCUCUUAGAAAUCGCCAAGUUUGGAUUGUAUGUGACCAUCCCCAUAAUUCUCAUGUACAAUUUCGCCUAUGAUACAAAGAACCUCCAAAGAAUCAUGGGCAAUCGGUCCUAUGUGGUGUACCCUCCCGAGGGACCUAGGCCUCCACCACCGGAAGAGAUUCGUGAGAUGGCACGAAGAAACAGUCUUCGUUGAUGCUUUCGUUUUCAUAUUCGAGAUCAUGGUGUGAAGUAUGAACAUCCAGUUACAUGGUUCAUUUCCUCUUUGUUCUUAAUAUUACUUCUAACAGUAAUCUUCUAUUAAUUAACUUUGUUUUUUUGGGGUAAGUAAUAAUUUGCUAUUGCAAUCUCAAAUAUUGUAUAUACCAAGUUCAGACUGUAUUAGUUGGAAUGAAGAAGGGUUUAUGAACUGACU